GCUCACGUGCGAGGCGUCGCAGCAAAGGGAUUCAAACAACGGGCCCGAGGAACCCUAAAGUUCCCGGGCACAGCGUGACCGUCGUGCGGCCCAGUGACCGUUCCGUGUUCCCCGGCUCGUAACCUGCACCGCCGUGUGAAUCAGUGAUGCCCCGCGCGGUUUUCACCGGUGAAAACCGCUCGUUCAACGUGUUUACGAGCGUGGUCGGCCAUUUUGAAGCCGCACACAGGCAAAACGGUUUCUCUGUGUGCGACAGGCAAAUAAAGUGAAAUGCCUGUGCUGCGUGGUGUCCUGUCGGCCAGUCGCAGGAGGUGAGAAAACGCGCAGACCGCAGCGGCCGCCGCGUUCCAUCGUGCACACGUGAGUACAAUCGAUUGUUCCGAGUCGGACGCGUUAAUUUACGAGGCACGGCCGCCGCGUUAUCGAUUCAGGAGCGCACCGGCAUGCUUCCGAAAAACAAACGGAGCGUCUCGAUAGAAUCUGUCCCGUUGUCGGAGCGUUUUCAAGGGUAACAGGAAACAGCCACGGUGUGGGUGUCGCGUUAGCGCGACAGAGCGCGCAGGAGGUGAGGUCAUACACCCAUCGCUACAGGUGGUUCCUCCUCCAUUCAGCGGAGCCGCCGCCGUCGCCGCGCAGUGCGCCUUUUCUCAGUGAUUCAACGGGCACGGAAGAUGAUCGGCGAAACGCUGCACCGCAAAUGCUCCGCUCUGCUAGUCCUAGUUUUCGCGGUCACUGCCAUCCCUGCCAAUUACUCGGACAUUGAUCUGCCGGAUGAUCACAUCAAGUAUUACUUCAACUCGUUUCCCACGGUCGAGGAGCGGUGCCGCAACGACACCGCCUGCCCCUACAAGGACAGUAUAGGAACGAAGUCCUGCUGGGGUUACGAGCUGGAUUGCAAUCCGGAAGAUUCGUUCUCGGUCGCCCGAUGUCCCGGGGACCACAAAGGCUGGGUGACCACGAAGAAGGCUCAAUUGGACACGUUUUACGCUCAAGGUGAUUUCGGGUACGUGCGCGACCAGCGGAAAGAAAUGUCGAUCUUCUGCGAGCCGUUGUUUCUGGAGGACUCGUCCUUGGAAUGCUCGGAGCACAUGCGAUUUUGUAGAGCGAGGAACGUGAUGAUUAAUUUCGAGGAUUUGCUCAGCAGAAAGGAGCCGAUACGGUACAAGAUGGACGUGCUGAAGGAGGGCCAAAUCGGCGGAUACUGCGCAUUGAAUGAGAAACGACUGGAAGCGAACGCGGACCACAUAAGUCCGUUGCAAUCGUGGGGACCCGAAUUGAGGAACUUCCGGACGUUGCCGCGGCCGCCGAUCGGCAACGGCGACUGUGAUAUCGUGAUCGAGAAGCCGACGUACAUUAUGAAGAUAGACGCCAUAGUAAACAUGUACCAUCACUUUUGCGACUUUUUCAAUUUGUACGCGUCAUUGCACGUAAACCUAUCGCACCCCGCCGCCUUCAGCACUGACAAUCACGUAAUGAUCUGGGAAAGCUACAGUUACCGGUCCGCGUUCCAGGACACCUUCGAGGCUUUCACGAGAAACCCGCUGUGGGACCUGAAAACGUUCCGCGGGGAAACCGUCUGCUUCAAGAACCUCGUGUUCCCGUUGCUGCCGCGCAUGAUCUUCGGCCUCUAUUACAACACGCCUCUGAUCUACGGCUGCGAGAACAGCGGAUUGUUCAAGGCGUUCGGCGAUCAUGUUUUGCACCGACUUCGAAUACCGCUUCAUGAAAGGAAGAACCAGAGGAUACGCGUCACUCUGCUCAGCAGGGACACGCAGUAUAGGAGAAUCUUGAACGAGGACGAGCUGGUGAAGGCGUUGAAGGAGAAUCCCGAGUACAAAGUCAGAAAGGUGGUGUACAACAAAAAGGUUCCAUUCAAGAAGCAAUUGGAGAUCACGAGGAACUCCGACAUCUUUAUUGGUAUUCACGGAGCUGGACUGACGCAUUUGAUGUUCUUACCUGACUGGGCAGCUGUUUUCGAGAUAUACAACUGCGAGGAUCCAGGAUGUUACAAGGAUCUCGCACGGCUGCGCGGCGUGAAGUACUUCACGUGGGAAAACACGUCGAAACUGGUGCAACAAGAUCCCGGAACGCAUCCUGACGGAGGUGCCCACGCGAAGUUCACGAACUACAGCUUCGACGUCGACGAGUUCCUCCGUAUCGUUGCCGAAGCGAAAAGCCACGUGAAGAAUCACAGCGAGUUCAAGAGUUUCAUGAGCAAACGAGCGCGUAGCAAGAGGUCAGAGGUGAAGAACGAAACGAGCGCGGGCAACGUGAAAGAGAUCGAUACGCCCGAGUCGAAGGAGCAAGCUAAACUGAAGCCUGUUGUUCAAUCCAAAGAUGAACUAUAGCGAAUUUCCUUAAAAACCAACGAAUUGUAACGUGUAUUGUUAUGCCGGUGUUACGCUCGAACGAAACAAAAACGACUUGUUACCAAUUAAGUUACUCUUUACUUACUUUUAUACCGACAUAUGUACAUACUUAUUUUGAUUAAAAAAGAAACAAACACGAAACAAA